CCACCUUUCUCAUUAUUACAUUUACUUUGGAACAACAGCCUGUCUGAUCCAUCCAACCAGUGCGCGUUGACUGUAAUGUUCAAACAAGGCGGGGCUGACCCUCCUGUCUUAUUUUGGACUGACCACAAGUAGGAUAGCGCGGACACUGCUGCUGCUGCUGCUGUUGUUGCUGCUGCUGUUGUUUUAUGACAUUAAAGAUCAAGUCAUGAAUUCGGCCGAACAGACGGUAACGUGGCUCAUAACACUGGGGGUCCUAGAGUCUCCCAAGAAAAGCAUCUCGGAUCCAGAGACUUUCCUCCAGGCGUCUCUGCAGGAUGGAGCGGUGCUGUGCAGGCUGCUAGAGCGACUUCGACCCGGGACGGUAGACAAAUUUUUUCAGGAACCGAGGGGCGACAACGAGUGUCAGAGGAACAUUACCGAGUUUAUUAAAGGCUGCGGGGCUUUCGGUGUGGAGCCUUUUGAGGUCAAUGACCUCCUGCAGGGACUGAACUUCUCCAAGGUCCUAAACUCCUUGGUUGCCCUCAACAAAGCUACUGAAGAUUUAGGUGUUUCUGAAGACAGUGAGUGUGUGCCGCUCUCCUCACACUUGAGGAUCAAGUCAUUUGACUCUCUGAACACUCAGAGUCGCUCCUCAAAAGUCCUGCAGCCUCAGUACCGCAGCCUGGACAUGUCAGAGGGCAGUGGGUGUGGCCACGUGCUGUUCAAGGCGCGCUUUCCUUUCCAGCAGACCAAUGAGGACGAACUCUCUUUCUCGAAGGGCGACAUCAUCAGUGUGAGCCGGCAGGAGGAUGGGGGCUGGUGGGAAGGCUCGUUCAACGGCAAUUCUGGGUGGUUCCCCAGUAACUAUGUACGGGAACUGAAAGGAAGCGACAAGACAUCAGACAAGCCAAAGUCUGGGACACUGAAAAGCCCCCCCAAAGGUUUUGACACCACCAUCAUCAGUAAGACCUACUACAAUGUGGUUCUACAAAACAUUCUGGAAGCAGAGAGUGAAUAUUCGAGGGAGCUACAGAGUCUCCUGGGCUCCUACCUGCGCUCACUUCAUCCCACAGACAAACUCAGCAGUGUUGACAUCAGUCACAUUCAGGGAAAUCUGGAGGAGAUCUCAACCUUUCAGCAGAUGUUGGUUCAGUCUUUGGAGGAGCAUACAAAACUCCCAGAGAACCAGCAGAGGAUCGGGGGGUUCUUCCUGAAUCUGAUGCCCCAGAUGAAGAUCAUCUAUGUGGCCUACUGCUCCAACCACCCGUUUGCAGUCAAUGUACUCACACAACACAGCGAGGAACUGGGGGAGUACAUGGAGUCAAAAGGGGCGUCUGCUCCUGGGAUCCUCACUCUGACCACUAGUCUGAGUAAACCCUUCACCAGACUGGAGAGAUACCCGACGCUGCUGAAAGAACUGGACAGACAUAUGGAGGACCAACACCCUGACAGAGCUGAUCUUAUUGCUUCAAUUAUGGACUUUAAAAGCUUUGCAGCUCGGUGCCAGGAGGUAAGGAAGAAGAAGGACCUGGAGUUGCAGAUUUUAACAGAGCCAAUCAGAAACUGGGAGGGGGAUGACAUCAGAACUCUCGGCCCUGUUCUCCAAAUGUCCCAAGCCACAGUCCACACGCAGAACUGUCAGGAGUCAAAUGAACGCUACCUCGUCCUCUUCCCUCACACUCUGCUCAUGCUCUCUGCCAGCCUGAGAAUGAGUGGAUUCAUCUUCCAGGGAAGGAUGCCACUGUCAGGAAUGCUCAUCUCCAGAAUAGAAGACGGAGACAACCUGAAGAAUGCUUUUGAAAUAUCCGGUGGCCAGUGUGAUCGGAUGCAGGUGGCAUGUAACAGUCAGCAAGAUCUACAGGACUGGCUGGACCUUCUCACCAAACACACACACACGUUGGCUGCGCACACACACUCGCACAAGCCUCAGUCCGUGUGUCACACAUUGCCCUCUCAACCCGCCACUCCCUCCAGACACUCAGAGUCUCGUGGAGGGAGCAUUGGACACACCUACCACACCCUUCCUCAUCCCUCUUCAUAUGGGACGGCCCUCAGCAGCAGCCCGAUGUGGGGGCCCCUGGAGCCACCGAGUACCCCUAAACCCUGGAGCCUGAGCUGCCUUCGCCCUGCGCCUCCACUCCGUCCCUCGGCUGCUCUCUGCUUCAAGGAGGAUAUGAGUAAGAGUCCUAAGAACAUGAAGAAGCUGCUCCCUAAGAGGAAGCCAGAGAGGAAACCUUCAGAAGAGGACUUUACUGUCAGAAAAAGUACAGCAGCUCUAGAGGAGGAUGCUCAGAUACUGAAAGUGAUUGAGGCCUACUGUACCAGCGCCAAGACACGACAGACGCUCAACUCCAGCUCCAGCAGGAAGGAUGUACAGAUGUUGUUCCCUGAGGAGGAGAAGAUUAUAGUGGAGGAGACCAGGAGCAAUGGACAAACAGUAGUGGAGGAGAGGAGUCUGGUGGAUACUGUGUACAGUCUGAAAGAUGAGGUCCAGGGACUCAAACAGGACAACAAGAGGAUGAAGAGGACACUGGAGGAGGAGCAGCGGGCGAGGAAAGAGCUGGAGAGGAUUGUCAGGAGAGUUCUGAAGAACAUGAAUGACCCAACCUGGGAUGAGACUAACCUCUGAGAUCAAUAUAUGUGUGAUCAUCAUGGAUGAGACCAAUUUCUGACUUUAAAGUGACCAAAUGAACUAUGAACUGUUGUUCAACCUGUGUGUGGACAAAAGCUGCCAAUACUUCAUUCAACAUGUCGUCACCAUUUUUACUUGCUUUGACCAGUGUACCAAACUGUGGACCAAGAGAAAAUGUCAGCCAGCCAUCAGCAAAGCCAUCCCAACUGACCUUAAAGCUGUGAAGCCACAUUAGCUGGUAGGCAUGAUGACAUCACUUCCUGUCACUCUCCUUUACUUUUUCAAACUGCCUUUUUGAAACACAAACAAAUCACUUUUCUCAUCUACUUUUGUAAUUAUCUUUCAUUCCUCUUUGUGAUUUUUUUGAGUUAAGUAUGACAUUUAAAAUGUAACCAUUGCCAGCACAGUAUUUUAUUGACUGGCCUAGUGCAUGAAUAAGAAUGCUACGUGGGUUUAUAUUUUUCAGAUAGACUGAAACGUUUUUUUUACCACUCUUCAUUUUAUUGGCAGCAAUUUUUAAUCUAUUUUAUUAUGUUAUUUUAUUGAUUCUAACUAACUAAAAAAUAAAGUUGGUUAAUUUGUAAUAUGAAAUGCAAAGUGUAGUAGGGCUUUAUUUUAAAGUAAACCUUUUACCAGCACUUACUGUAUAAGUGACAGGAUGAGAUUACAUUUCUUUGUGUGGUGUAAAGAUUACUGCAGGAACUAAUCUAGUUUAACAUUUGGCAACAUACCACCAUAUUAUUUUAUGGAUCCACUGCAUUGCUUCAUGGAAUAUGCACAUUUCUGCCAAGAUUAUUUUGAUUAGUUUUAAGAAUAUAAUAUUUUUUUGUAUUUGACUAUGUUUUUAAACCCAGAUGGAUAAACUACAAGUGAGUUGUACUAGAGACAUGGACAGAAACAGAGGAACUUGGUUCUGCUCGAACUGUUAUUUACUUUUGGAUACAAAAGAUUGUUUGGAUGCUAAAGCCUAAAGAUAAAUUGACUUUUGACAAUGAUCUGCUUUAAUUAACUGAAAGGCAUAUUAAAGAAUGUGAGCUAAUUAAAUUAAAAACAACACAUCUUAAAAAUGUGUUGUUGCUGGAAAACCAUCUUGUAAUUGUCAGUUGGAAGCUCGAGGAAGAUUUUCUCAGGAAUUAACUCGUCCAUCCGGGAGUAUUAGCUUUCAGCUCCAGAUUCAUUCAUAUUUUUGAAAUUUAAUAUUCUUGCAGAUAGACAGUUUAGGAAACUUGAUUUAGAAUUGUGUUUUCAAAUGUUUAUGUAUGCGAUGUACUGUGCAAAGCAUUGAAGUCCAGACACCAGGGUAGAAUGGGUGUUUCUUUUACAGUAGAUACAAAUUAAAUAAAUAAAAAAACAUUGAAAUAAUGCAAAUUACCUCAAAGCACCACACCUAAACAAAUCCAGGCUACUAUGGCUAUAUGCAAACAUGGCACACGUAAAGGCAGCAGAGGCAUGAACUUUAUGUUUGAAAAUGCUAAAUUUCACACUGCCUACAAAUAUCCUUAUUCUUAUCACUUGGAAUGAGGUCCUUGGAGGUUUAAUUGUGAAAAAGCCAGCUAUAUGUACAUGUUUCACCUGUAGUAGUGCUGGCAUUGUUAAACACAGAAGUCGGGACGUUGAGUUUUAUACAGUAUAUGUUUAACUUUUUUGAAACUUAACUAUAACUGUUUAAUGAGAUACAAUCAUAUACUGCACUGAAAUGAUACUGAGGCAUUGAUUUGGAUAGGAAAAUAGUUCAGUGUAACACAGAUACCAUCAAAGUUAAAGAAAAUGUACACAGGGAGUUGGCUUGCUGCUAUUUUUGUUUCAAGACCAAAGUCCAAGCAAUACAACACUGGAAAAUGUUUUUUUUUAUGAUUUUUAUGAUGUCAAUAUGCAACUUGCUGUAGAAUUUCUUAUUUUUAUAUUUGUGAUUGUGUUUUUAUCAACUGGUUUUGAUUUGUAACACUACUUAUUUUCUACUUGAUCUGUUUUAAUCACACUAAAGAUGAUUUGUACAGAAAAGCAGCAUAUUUCUCAUGAACGUCAGGAGACGUGCUUUGGAAAGAAGAACAUUUCCUUUGCUAAAGUUAUUAAGCAUAAAAACUUCACCUACAACUAAUAUAUUACUGAAAUUAGAAACCACACUAAUGUAAUACAUUCCAAUUAUUGACUCUAACUUAUGUAUUUAACUGAGAGUGACUGAUGUAAAUGUAUUGCAGAUUCAAAUGGUAUGGUGAUGAAGGUGAUUACAGUAGUUAGUAUGACAACAAUCAUCCCCCCUCUAUUUAUUUCACCCAUUUGUCUGUGAAUAAAAUGUAUCAAACA